AUGAAAAGCCAACAGUUGCUAAACAACGUCAAAAAGUAUGCUAUUACAUGUCCCGGUCAAGGUAUAUUACGGAAUGGACUACUUGAAGAGAAUAAAAAUUAUCGCCAUUUACUCCAGCUGUACUUGGACGAAAUUGAUACUGCAUUGAGUUGUAACUUUUCUCAAUAUCUAUUCCAGAGAGAUGUGAAUGAAAGCGAAACAAGCAGGUGGCUACGACAGACGUCGAAUGCCCAACCGGCAAUUCUUGCAUCCACAUACAUCACGCUCAAAGUUUUUGAGAAAGUUUAUGAAGUCGAUCUAUUGAAAAAUACACUGUUCUUACUAGGACACUCACUUGGAGAGUACACAGCAUUGGCACUUAGUGGAAUUUUUGAUCUACCCACUGCGGUACAAUUUGUUAGAGAACGAGGUAGGUUCAUGGAGGAGGUAGUUCGACAAACACCGGACGUUUUUGGAAUGAUUGCAUUGAUAAUUCGACCAGAACAUGUGAAUAAGGUGUUGGAUUUGGCAAGCGAAUACAAUAUUUUGGGGAAUGUGAACUCUAAAUACCAGGUGGUAAUAUCGGGUGAGUUGGCUAAGCUUGACGAAUUUGUUAGCAUGUUGAAAUCAGUGAAUAAAAGAAUGUUAUUGAAAGCAGAGAAAUUGCCAGUCUCCAUUCCCUUCCAUAGUACAAUGCUAGAGACUAUAGUUCCGGAACUCAGGUCAAAGGUAGAUAAUAAAAUAAGCGCUCAGAGGAUACCCAUCAUUUCUAAUUUAGAUGGAGAAGUUUCCACCAACGCAUCCAAAACGGUUGAAAAAGCUUUAAAUGCCAAUUACAAACCCGUUCAAUGGAUGAAAUCAAUGAACCAAUUGACUACUGCUGGUGUGGAUACAGUAUUCAACUUGGGGCCUGGAAAAACCCUCAAUGCUAUUAACAAACGAUACAAUGUGAAAUGCAUUCCCAUAGAAAAUAUCGAGCUGUUUACAAUGGAAUGA